AUGCAGAAUGACCAUGGCUACGGCCAGCCAGACUUUUCCGGUACCCCACAGCAGCCCAACAUGGCGUUUGUGACUGCCACCGACAUGUUCGGCUACCCCAUGUCCGCACCAGCAACCGCUCCGACGAGCUUCUGGGACACAAGCGCUGACAUGUCAGGCAUGGAUAUCGAUUUUUCUUUUGGCCCUAGUGUUUUUCAGACCUCGACCCACCGUCACAUGCCGUCCUUUGACGCCUCUCAAAUGUUCCAGGAAACUGUUCCCCUUCCGCCAGCAAAUAACCAAGAAAAUGCUCAACUGGCUAAGCGAAGCCGGCCACUAGCCCCCAAACCUCUCAUGUCUAAUGUUCAUUCCAGUUCUGCGGAUAUCUCCAUGGCCUCGGCGUCGUUCACAGCAUCGGUGGACGACCCUUUUGGUAUUGUUAGCCCUGGUGCAGGAGUGGAUCCCGGCCUGCUGUUCAGCAGACCAUCGUCUUCCUCCAACAUGGAUACCAACAUUCCGGUGACCCAAGGCUCCGCACAAUUUGCUUUAGCUGCAGCAGCAGAAACUCAAUCAAGAGCGCCAAUGCAUGGCGGAGACAUCCGCCGUUCCUUCAGCACAAGGGAGCUGGCACCCAGUAAAAUGCCAGAGCCAAUGUCUGGAAGCUCCCCUUCCAAGUCACAUGGGCGACUCAAUGGCCUCCAACGAAGCGUUAGUGAAAAUCGUGGUCGCCGUGGGCUGGCAAAGGCAGCGUUGCCCACACUGGCUCCAGCCAUCCAACCUAGACCGCAGGCCAACACUGGCCCUGUAGUAGGGCCUAGCCGGCCACUCAGCCGACCUUCAGGCAGGAUCUCACCUCUUAAACAGCAACAAUCUCGACUUUCGAGUCUGACAGCGAUACCUGAAUCUUCGAGCCCACGAACCCGAACUUCCGUCAAGUUCACCAUUGACUCAAAAGGCAGAGCACGAGCUGAAACCACCAUGGUUGUGGACGAACCUAGACCAAGUAGCACACAGGCAAGACCUGUCGUGCGGGAGAUGCCCCGUAGAGAGAAGAGCUGGGACUCUGAAGAUGACGAGUCCUCGACAGACGACGAACCCAUCAUCAUUCCCAGCCGAAACGCCUCUUUUGCGCUGCCUGACCCUCGCCGGCCUACCUCGGCCUCCAUGUUCCACUCAUCCCGCAGAAGCGUAAGCGAACAUAGCUCAAGCAGCCACGGUGCAUCGAUAUCACAUCAUGAUGCUGAGAGUGAAGCCGAGACGGUGAUGAACGAUGCGCAUGGCAAGGGUGGCGAUGCUGCAAGUGAGCUACGGAAGCUGGUCGAGAGCCGACAGAAGCGAGGGCCUCCAGCGCCGGGCAGUCAACGAUCGCAACGAUUCGUAUCAGGCAGUUUUGGGAACUUCCAGGGAGGCCUGAUGUCGCCAGGUGCACUGACAGAAACCAGCUUGCCGUCGCCAUCAAAGGCUACUUACAACGUGCGUUGUGUCUGCAGGAAUGGCGCAGACCGACCGGGAGAGUAUAUGGUUCAAUGCGAGUCCUGCGAGAUGUGGCUCCAUGGCUCGUGCAUUAAAAUCUCGCGACGAACUCUUCCGACUGUAUAUAUAUGUGCAUUCUGUUCAAACACCCCCAAUAUGCGAGGCGGCCGACUUCGUGGUAAUGGUCCAGUGCUAGGCUCGUCAGGGGCGAGCCCCUUGGCUCGUAAAUCAUUCCGGUAG